GGGCGUAGGGAAGGUGGUUCUGGUGGAGUGCAAGCUCCAGGCGCCAAAACAGACAGAGGGCGGUGGUACAUCCCAGAGCUAAAGGGAGUGGAGGAGCAGAGCGGCAGGUCCCGGCACUACAGGGAGUGGAGAAGCAGGUCCCGGUGCUGCGGGGAGUAGAGGUGCGAAGCAGCGGGUCCCAGGGCUGCGGGGAGCGGAGAGUCUUGGAGCUGCCUAGAGCGGAGAGUCCCUGAGCUGCAGGGAGUGUGAGACACACACACUCUCACUCUUUCCUGGCUACCUAGCAAAAUGUGUAGGUUGCUGAGAUGUUGUGUUGCCUGAGCUUCCUGUUCACGCCUCUCUCCACCCCGGCUAUUGUCACCCUCAUCACCAUUGGACUUUCAGCCUUCAUCUAUGUUCUCACCAGACCCAAGCCAGUCUACCCACCCAUAGACCUGAACAAACAAUCUAUUGGAACACAGGGCGGGGCUCGGCGAUGCGCUUUAUUAAAAGACGAGAAACUCUACAGUUACUACUAUGAAGAUGCUAAAACCCUGUAUGAGGUCUUCAUGAGGGGACUCCGAGUGUCAGGGAAUGGCAACUGCUUGGGAUAUAGGAGCCCAAAAAAACCCUACCAGUGGAUGACGUACAAGCAGGUGGCAGACAGAGCAGAAUUCCUGGGUUCCGGACUGAUAAAAAAAGGAUGUAAUCCCUCCCCGGACCAGUACAUUGGAGUAUUCUCCCAGAACCGCCCAGAGGUGGUGAUUGCUGAGUUGGCCUGUUACUCCUACUCUAUGGUGGUGGUUCCUCUUUAUGACACACUGGGACCAGAAGCCAUUGUGUUCAUCGUUAACAGAGCUGACCUCUCCGUGGUGAUCUGCGACAAAGCCGACAAGGCUCUAAUUCUUCUCAGUAACUGUGAGAAAGCUCUAACCCCAGUGCUGAAAAUCAUCAUUCUAAUGGAGGAAUUCAGCGACGAUCUGAAGGAAAAGGGCGCAAAAUGCGGAGUGGAGAUUCUGCUAAUGAAAGACGUUGAGUACCUGGGGAAAGAGAACUUCAAGAAACUUGUGCCUCCGAAACCCGAUGACCUGAGUGUGAUCUGCUUCACCAGUGGCACUACAGGUGACCCAAAAGGUGCAAUGCUCACCCAUAAAAAUAUUGUUGCCUGUGCUUCGGCUUUCUUUAAAAACACGGAGAGCACCUUUGCCCCAAUGACCUCUGAUGUUGUGAUAUCUUAUCUGCCGAUGGCUCACAUGUUUGAGAAGGUGGUUCAGACAAUAGUAUUAUGCUCAGGAGCGAAGGUGGGCUUCUUCCAAGGGGACAUACGGUUAUUAACGGAUGAUAUGAAGACCCUGAGACCUACAGUCUUCCCCACUGUGCCCAGACUGCUGAACCGGAUCUACGACAAGAUACAAAGCGGGGCCCAAACACCCUUCCAGAAGAAAGUUCUAGAGUUUGCGGUCGCUUGUAAGUUUGCUGAAGUCAAGAAAGGAAUAAUCCGGAAUGACAGUAUCUGGGAUAAGCUCUUAUUCAAUAAGGUUCAGGAGACAAUGGGCGGGCGUGUGCGGAUAAUGGUGACAGGAGCGGCACCCAUAUCAGACAGCAUACUGUCCUUCCUGAGAGCCGCCCUCGGGUGUCAGAUAUUUGAAGCUUACGGCCAGACUGAGUGCGGAGCCGGCUGCACGUGUUCCACCCCGGGAGACUGGACAGCAGGACACGUUGGGGCCCCACUGCCUUGUAAUCUCAUGAAACUAGUGGAUGUUGUAGAUAUGAAUUAUUUCUCGUCUAACGGAGAAGGAGAGGUUUGCAUCAAGGGUCCCAAUGUGUUUAAUGGCUACCUGAAGGACCCAGAGAAGACAGCAGAGGCAAUGGACGAUGAGGGAUGGCUGCACACUGGGGAUAUUGGAAAAUGGCUGCCAAACGGGACCCUGAAGAUAAUUGACAGGAAGAAGAACAUCUUUAAGCUGGCACAGGGAGAGUACAUCGCCCCAGAGAAGAUUGAGAACGUAUAUGUGACAAGUGCGCCAGUCGCUCAGGUGUUUGUACACGGAGACAGCCUCCGGUCCUGCCUGGUGGGAGUAGUCAUCCCCGAUCCAGAGGUCCUGCCAGAGUUUGCAGCAAAACUUGGUGUCCGCGGCUCCUUUGAUGAGCUCUGCAUACAUAAUGCUGUGAAGAAAGCAAUUCUAGAGGAUUUGAUUAAAGUAGGAAAACAAGCCAGCCUCAAGUCAUUCGAACAGGUAAAAGAUCUUUACGUUCACCCCGAAAUGCUGUCUGUUGAAAACGGUUUAUUAACGCCCACGCUAAAAGCCAAAAGAGCGGAAGUCGCCAAACACUUCAAGAGCCAAAUUGACGACAUGUACGCAAAGAUCCAGGAUUAGGGGGGAGCAUGUCCCCACUACACCGGCACUGACAGACGGGAGAGACUCUUCCCACCUUGGCUAUAUGGAGAUGAUGGAACGGAGAUGACAAGUCUAUACGAGUCUGUCGUACUUGGGAUCAAUUACUGACUUCUCAGCGCCAAACAGGACAGACAGUGGCUGUGAUCCUGACCGUACGGACAUUGCGAUGUAGAUGUACAUUAUACAGUGAUCCUUAUACCGGAAUUGUAACAUAAGCAGUAACCAGUGACUAGACCCUCGCACUACAGGGAAGUUGUAGCAACCCUUCUACAGCACGAAAGUGGAGGCGUUGCCCCGAGCAACCAAUCCGCUUGUGUAAUUUUAUAGACGGUGUUAAACGAUAGCUCUAAGCGGACUAGUUGCUAUGGGCAACUCAACAACCUGCCUAAUGUGUGCGCAUAGUACAAUAGGGCAUAGAAGGAUGCUCCAUUUAAAGGCCUAUAAGAACACCCUUGCCCAGUAACUUACCUACAAGAGACCUACGAAUCUACCUUUAUUUACUGGAAGCUUCCAUGAUGAUCUCCUUCAAAGCAGGGAUCACUGUUGUAUAUACUGAGCAAUAAAUCUCACUGAACACAGGAA